AUUGAAGUAACAAAGUUCAUGUCUUCAUCAAAAGAAGCUUCAAAUCCCUAAGGUGAGAUAGCUCUCACCUGGAACCAGUGGGUGUUGUUCCACUCUGGCUGGGAACAGUCACCUGGGAAUUAUUCCAGCAGGUGGCUUCCAAAGUCCAACCUGCUGGGUUGAAAUCUGACACUGACAGCGACUCUGCGAGCUGCCGCGGAAAGCUAAACCGGGAACCAGGAAAUGCACCAGCCUCUUUAUGUCGAAAAACAGCUGGGCUCCCUCAGAGACAGAGCGCCAUGGGAAACCGGCUCUGCUGCGGGGGAAGCUGGAGCUGCCCUUCAACUUUCCAGAAGAAAAAGAAAACAGGGAGCCAAGCAAGGACAUUGAAGCCACAGCAGCAACAGCUGCAGCAGAAUGACAGAAAGAGCCAGGAAGCCACGGGGCAUACAUACGAGCAGGUGUUACGGCAACAGCCGCAAGAGAGGAGGCAGGGCCUCACGUCGGAGGACAGCAGCUUACACUACGCAGACAUCCACGUGUGCAGCCAGAUCCAGCCGCGCUCUGCCCGUGAGGUGAAACACCUGCAUUUAGAAAAUGCCACAGAGUAUGCUACCCUUUGCUUUCCCCAGGCCACACCUCGCUAUGACAGCAAGAAGGGGACGCUGGUGUGAGCCUUGGGGAGGAGGGACUAGUUUCUAUCAUUUUCCACCACCACUAUUCCUGAGAAGGAGUCUACUGCUUUGAGGAAUCGGAUGGCAGCCAUGGACGUUGGCCACAUUUGAGCUUAAAGAACUCCAGAGCCCCUGGGAGUGUGGGUGUCCCCGGUUUCUCCCCUAUGUCUCUUAGAUUGGAGCCUCGUUGGGUAACCAGUGAGUGGUUGGGGUUCCAGAAAAUAAGGUUAGGUCGAGUGUACAGGAAGGUCGAUCUUUGAUCCCUAACAUUGCUCCUGCUCUCAAGAAAAGUGCAGAGAGAACUGUUAACUGUAUAUUCACUCGGCUAGUCUUGCUGUACUCUAUCCCACGGUAUCCCUUCUAUACACCUUGAACUACAAGGCUGGAGAGGAGGUGCUCUGGAAAAGCAUUCUUCCAGGGCCGACUGGAGAGUCCUAGAUCUAAACAAAUGGGAGCGGGGCCUGAGGAAGCGUACUCCAACCGUAGGCGGGUAUACCCGCACUUCCAGUCCCUGAUACAGCGUGGCGAGGCUCCGGUACUCGCCUCGGCUGGGCCAUUGGCCCUUGCGGAUACGGAGCCGCUAGCAUCAAUAAACAGCUGAGAAACA